AUGUCUGCUGCAGAGAGCCGCACGUUUGAUGUCGUCAAAGAAGUCAUCCUGUCAGUUCACAAGGGCAGCACUACAGCGGAGAAGAUGGACUUCUACAACAGCUGGGCCAGCCACUACGAGCAGGAUUGUGCAGUUUUGGACUUUCGUGCACCCAUUAUCGCAGCCAGAACCGCCGCCGCCCACUUUCGUGGCGACCGCCAGGCCGCUGUGGUGUUGGACGUAGCCUGCGGCACAGGAAUGGUGGCCAAAAUGAUGAAAAAAGAUGGAUUUGAACAUUUCGUGGGUGUGGAUGGAAGCCAGGCGAUGCUGCAGCGGGCCAAAGAGAGCGGGCUGUACCAGGACCUGAAGCUGGUUCUGCUCGGAGAAGAGCCGCUUGCUGUCCAAUCAGGUGACUUUGACGUAGUGCUGAUAGUUGGCGCUCUGAGCGUGGGCCACGUUCCGGUGGAGGUCAUCAGGGAGCUGUGCCAGGCCGCCAAACAGGGGGGCCUCAUCUGCAUGACGAGCAGGGGUCACCAUGACAACGCGGGCUACAAAUUGGCCUUGGAGGGCGAGAUAAAGCGGAUGGAGGAGGAAGGACUGUGGCGUGGCGUGGAGGUCUUGGAGGUGAAGGAGUGGGAGAGAGCGGUGUCAGAGAUGGAGGAGGGUUACAUACCUGGAUGUGUGUAUCUCUUUAAGAAGCUUUAA